AUAUGACACAAAUUAUAGCUUCGGUGUUUAUUGACAUAUCAUAAUAAAUUAUUCGGAAUAUAAUUUUUGUACUUUUAAGAAUUUUUAAACUAAACUUAAUAAUUAUAACUGCAAAGGUAUACAAACUUCGGCUAUCCGAAGUUGACUUCCUUUCUUGUCUUAAUUUUUUUUCAAAAUUCUGAAAUAUCAAAAGAUUGAUAUUCCCAAGAGUAGAAGUUAAUAUGUUAUUGUUUUAGAAAAUGUAUUUAUUUAGUCGAAUGUACAAGCAUUAUUCGUCACAAAAGUCGAUAUCAGAACUUUUGUAUGUUGAAGGUGCGACUUAAGGUUAAAGGUUGAAGGCUGCUACCUAAACUAAAUUUAAAACAUUCCACAUUACAAUAGAGGUAGAUGUUUUGGAACGUAUUUUUUUGGUUUCUCCAAGGACCUAUUCCACAAUGUCAAUAUUUAAUUGAACUCUUAUAUUUUAGUUUCAAAAUUUUAUAAUUUCUGCAAGAUUUUCCUAUAAAUGAUAUUUUUGGAUUUUCCCACUGGUGCUAGUAAACAAUUAUAUUAAUUUGAAAUAAUGUAGCGUAUUUGUUUAAACAUAUAUAUGUAUUUUUUUAAACACAGGAAUGCAAUUUCAAUUUGAGAAUAACAAAAUGAGUUUGUAAUUUGAAGUCAGUUUUGUCCUUUCAAAGGAUAUUUAUUAAAGCCAUUUAAGAUUUGCAAAUGAAAUAUUUUUAACAAAAGGAUAUAGUGGGCAUUAUAAAGAAAAGCUGUAAAAGCAAUUUAUAUUACUCACACAAAUUCAUACAUAUAUGCACACACACGCACGCAUAUCUUAAGAUAUUUAUUAUUAUUAAUUAUUAUUUAUUACGUAGAUCGUUUAAUACAUUUUGGUCACAAAAGUUGAUAUCAGGACUUUUGUUUGGUGUAGGUGCGAUCGUCACUAUAUUUUAACCUCGUUAUGAGGUGUUUUUGUUUGAUAUGUUUUAUAGCUGCAAUAGCAACGAUCGGCAAGAGUGUACAAACUUCGGCUUCCCGAAGUUAGCUGCCCUUCAUAUUUAAGAUCAUUUUGUAACAUAUUUCUUCCCUCUUUUUGAGAAAAUUGAAUUUCAUUCUCCACGAAAUGCAAAAUGUGCCUACGCCAUCUAAAGAGAGUAGGUCUGCGGGGCUGGAUGGACGAAUCCAACGCCUGGAGGAAGAAGUACGUGCGAUGGGGAGUGAGGUCCGAAAAAUGCGGACUGAUCUGGCGGAGUUGAAAGCCGUGAACUCUGCCAUUCUCGACUCCACGGCGCAAAUGUUGGCUCUCUGGAGGAAAAUGGCACCAGUCGAGCCAACUCUAAAGGCCGACUUCCCCAUCCGGUCGCUGGACCAUUUAAAGGAGGUGGACGAUAAAAUAUACGGAAAAAUGGAAAAAUAUGUACCGCUCUUUAAAUCCAUUUUGGGGAAUAAUUUGAUAAAAAACUUGGACCAAAUAAUAAGCUCUGAAGUAAUCAUUCAAUUGAAUUACAGUGGGUCUAGACAUAAAUAUGGACUUGCAAAUUUCCAUAAUUUGAAUUCAGUCCUGCAAGAGUCACAAAAAAGGGAAGGUUAUGCCUUAUUGGACUACGUGAAAGACAUCCGGUUGGCAUUCGUGAGGCAAAAGAACAAAAUUUAUAAAGGAAAAAGCGCCCUAAAGAAGGCCAAACCGGAACCAGGAGCCGAACCAGAGAGCGAUUCUGAUUGAAAAUAAGUAAAUAAAAAUUUAAAAUUUAAA